AUGCUUAUUCUCAUGAAUUCAGCGAAUUGUUCUGUCGAAAGGGUUAUGGAAUGGGAUCAAAAGGCCGGGAAAGGACAAUAUGUAAUUGAAUCAAUCCUAGUCAAUCAAUUAUUCUCUGCAAUCAAUCUUCAAUCUUCUCUCCAUUUGAUAUGUUUUGACAUCCCUGACGGUCUCACUCCUGAAGACGGUCCAAACCGCCUCUUUACGCUGCUCGAGACUCUCCGAAAAACAAUGCCACAAAACUUAACAGAAUUGAUUCAAAGGAUCAACACCUCCAAUCCUAACGAGAAGGUUACCUGUCUCAUUGCUGACAUCUCAUUUCCAUGGAUUUUCGACUUUGCUGGUAAGAUGGGAGCCGAGCCUGUCUGCUUCUCCCCACCUUCCUUCGCCUGCUUGGCCUUCAUGCUUCACAUUUCCAAACUAUUGGAGCAAGGAAUUCUCAAUAUAGAUGGAUCUCUCCAAAAUGGGGAUGCAAUUAGUCUUUCAAACUAUAUACCUUCUUGGAGGAAAGAUGAGCUCCCAUGGUGUUUCCCCAGCAACCCGGAAAUGGAAAAGGUAUUCUUCGAACGUAUGAAAGUAUACAAAGAAGCAAGUAAAGCAAAGUGGUUGCUUUGCAAUACUUGUCAUGAGCUUGAACCUGCAGCUAUUGAGUUGCUUCCAAACGUCUUGCCAAUCGGGCCCUUAAAUUUACUCGACUCCAACAAUAUCAAAUCCACCAAUUUCUUCUCUGAAGAUUCAUCCUGUUUACGUUGGCUGGACACCAAACCGGAUGGAUCUGUGGUAUAUGUUUCUUUCGGAAGUUCAGCAGUUUUCUCUCAGCACCAGUUGGAUGAGUUGGCUCUUGGGCUUGAGCUAUCAGGCCGGGCUUUUCUCUGGGUCGUCCGGCCCGACCUCGCCAAUGGGUCACGUGUCAUUAACCCUCCCGGGUUCGGGACUGGGCUCGGGAAGAUAGUGGAAUGGGCGCCACAAAGCAGAGUCCUUUUGCAUCCAUCCAUUGGUUGUUUCGUGUCUCAUUGUGGAUGGAAUUCGACUAUUGAAGGCGUGAGCAAUGGGGUCCCUUUCCUAUGUUGGUCCUAUUUUGCUGACCAGUUGCAUAAUGAGAGGUACAUUUGUGAAAAGUGGGGGAUUGGAUUGAAAAUUGAUUUUGAUGAAGAGGGGAUUAGAUCAAGAUAUGAAAUCAAGAACAAAAUUGACAUGCUGUUUUCUGAUAAUAAGUUCAAGGAAAACGCAUUGAAACUGAAGGAAAUGUGUGGAAAGAGUGUUGCUGAGGGUGGAUUGUCUUGCAACAAUCUGAAAAAGUUUAUUGACCAUCUUGAUAGGAGAUGAAGGAUGGUUUUUAGGUAUUCCUAAAAUUAUUUUAUUAAUCAUACUUUAUCAAUCCUUAUUAAAUUUUAUCUAUCCUUCCAAUUGCGAGUACAUAUGUUCAGUAUUUGGCUAAUAAUGUUGUACUCGUUUGUGAUCGCUUGUUAAUGAUCGCGUCCUCAAUAAAAUUCAUGUUAGUCUAUAAAAAAUUGCUUCAUUUGUCCCA